AUGGCUUACGAAUCAUCAUCUGCUGGGGAGUCUAUUAUGUCCGAUGUUUCUCGUUCUUCUACGGUCGAAACGUCGGCCAAGAGCGAAGAUGAAGGAAGACCCGCGUUGAAGGGACCCAAAGUUAAGAAGAGUGUUCUUUCUUUGCUCGAUGAUGCAUUUAGGUACUCAGCCUACGAUGAAUUUUCGAUGCCAGAUGGGUUUCUGAGAAGUAGGUCCAGAAAGGUUUGUGAUGGUGAUCAAGACGCGACCACAUUGCGUCCAAAUGCCAAUAAAAUCGAUGAGAACGACAAGCUGGCAGGAAGGAUACGAAAAGGGCGAAAAGUUAAAAUGACGAAAAUGGUAACCAAGGCUACGGUUACUGCUCAAAAGACAAAACGCAGUGCCGCUUACGGUCGAAAAAACACUGAUGCCCAGCAGGUGAUAAAGCGUGAACCUGGCCCCGGAGUCAAAAAAGCGACAAGCUUCUCUAAAGGUACGCUCAGAAAAAGUACUAGUUCAGGAGUUAAACGCGGCAAAAAUGGUGUUACUGUCGCCAAAGGGCGGCGUAAGAAAGCCGACAUACCAAAACUGGACUCAUUUAUUACCAACUGGGAGUCACACUUGACCAAGGUCACUGGCAUAGUUGAUUUGGAUGGUUUGAGAAACUCAAGCGGAUUUAAGGAAGAGCUGGUGCAUUCUUGCAACGUUCAUAGGCCGAAGUCAACUCAUAAUCGAACUGUCAAACUACGCUAUAUCCUGUAUCCCGACUAUUUCGAAGAGUUUGUGGUGAAUUUCAAAUCUGAUCUGUCAAGGUACAAUCCAAUGAGUGAAAUCGGGCGAAUAAUAGAGUUUACUUGCUUGGUGUACGUUCCUCCUAAAUAUCGUCCCAGGAUGGAGACACAGAUCAUCAAGCCUUUGAACCACUCUUUCGAUUUGGAAGAUCAAGAUGAGUUUGUUAAAUUAAUCGAACUGUACAAUGAAUUUAUUUCAGGCAUCCCAAGACCUGAAAUCCUUCAACAGCUUGCAUCGCUUCGGGACCUUCCGACUUCAUUCUUACACACGAUACUCCAUAUGGUGUAUGUUCGAACGAUUCAUCCCAAUGCUGGUGCCUUGAAGAAAUAUCAGGCGUUCAGCAACUACGUUUAUGGCGAGCUUCUUCCCAAGUUCCUCACAACAACAUACGAAAAAUGUGGUCUCAAACCUGAACACAUUUUUAUGGAUCUGGGAUCCGGAGUGGGAAAUUGUGUAUUUCAAGCAGCCUUAGAGUUUGGGUGUAAGCUGAGUUUUGGGUGUGAGCUUAUGCCCAACGCAAGCGCUCUGACCGAAGCUCAAGAAAAAGAACUGAGGGCACGAUGUAAACUGUAUGGCUUGAAUGUUGGAUCUCUUCAGUUUUCCCUACGGAAAAGUUUCGUAGGUAAUCCUGAGGUACAGGAACUUUUGCCGCAGUGUGACGUCCUUCUUGUCAACAACUUUAUCUUUGAUGCGAAGUUGAAUGAGCUGGUACGAAAACUCAUACAACCGCUGAAAGUUGGAUGUAAAAUCAUCACUUUGAAGAGUUUAAGGCCAUUUGGCCACACGGUCAAUCAUGACAAUGCAACAGACAUUCUAAACCGAUUAAAAGUGGAGAAAUUUGAACUUGAGGAAGACAGUGUUUCAUGGACUCACAGGGGCGGAGAGUUCUUUAUUUCGACAGUGCAAGAGGAUAUCGAAGGUGAAAUUUUUACCACGCAUUCCAAGGGCCGCACUAGAAGUAAACGUGUGGUUAAGUAUACAAGGUGA